UAACGUUAGCCAUAGAAAGAGCUCUUUAGUGCGUUUGAGUUUAAUAUUUUAAUCACACGUAAUAAUUCUGUUUAGAUCAAACUAGAUUUUGCAUUUCGAGAAGUAAUUUUAUAAACAUUCCAAGGACGCAUAUUCACUCCUUCAAAAUAAGGGCACUUAGUAGGCAGCCUAUCCAGGAUGUGCUCGUACGUCGCCAUUUUCCCUGGGAGGGAAUGUUAACAGAAGCACACUGCCAACGUGCACUAUUAAGGGCCCUAGAAAUCUGUUUUACCAAGUGAUAUAAAAUAUGGAUUCAGCGUCGACCACCUCUAAACUCAUCUAUAAAAUGUCUAAUGAGGAUAUCACAAAACUGAUACAGCUGCGGUCGAGCAACUCAGCGCUUUUUGACGGGAGGAAAAAUUCGUCAAAAACAGCCUGGAGUGCAAUACUCAGAGAAAUGGGGCUUGAGGAAAAGAUGACAACUGAGCAGAUUGCCAAAAAGUGGGAAAACCUGAAAGCAAGAUAUAAGGAUGCGAAAUAUCCUCCCACCGGCGUGGAGAAGAACCCCACCUGCUGGAAAUGGUUCAAUCUCAUGGACGAUGCUCUGGCUGAAGAGUUUGAUGAAAAGAUCAGCCAGCAAGUGAUCACCUCAGAAGCUGACAAUGAUAAUGCACCUCAUCCGAGUAAGAGGUUACGCCAGAUCAAAGUCGAAGGGGAAAUAUUAGAAUUUCUGGAAGAGGAAGUAACUUCGGUGAACAUGCCGCCAGCCUCCAAAUCGCAUCUGGUUAAGCGGGGAAUACAAAAAGGCAAACAGACAGCAGAAAGCCAUUCAUUGGACAUCAUGAGAACCAAACUUCAAAGAGAAAGACAGCUUCUAGAGAAAGAACUCGGCGGUCUGGACAGAGAAAAAGCCCUUCUAGAGCGGGAAAGGGCCCUUGCGGAUCGGGAAAGAGCAGCUCUUCAGCGGGACAGAGCUCAGGUAGAGAAGGACAAAGCUGCGGUUAACAGAGACAAAGCGUCAUUGGAACAGGACAGAGCCAGACUGCAGAAAGACAGAGACGCUUUGGCCAGGGACAGAGCGGCCCUUGAAAGAGACAGAAGGUCGGCGGAUUUCACAAAUCACGUGAAAAGCAGUUGCAAUGGACUGGACUGUCCUCAUGAAAAGAACAGAGAAAAAUUAAUAUUCUUACUUGAAAGAGUGAUGGAAAAAAUUUGAAGCAACUCUGAUGAGAAUGAGGCAAACCUCAGGGAAAAAAGGAUACUGCAACAAGUUCUGUGAGCUUAUGGGAUAUCUGAACGCUCCUUGGGUUUAUGUCUUUGCAGUCUGAAGAGACAUUAAAACAUUUCAUUUUUGGUCAAAAUUUUGUUUUUGUACUUUUCAGUUCUAAAUCAGUCAUAUUGUCACAGUCUUGACUCAUAGAAUGGGUUUACCACAUACAUUGGCAGGGUGCAAAAGGGCCCCUGAACUAAGAUGUUUUUGAGAUUUCUUUAAUUACUUGUGAAUGUUGACUAAGAAACACGGAAUGUGACGCUUUAUUUCUGAUAUAAUGUAAUAUAACAGUAUCUGUUAGUAAAGUAUACCGUUUGUGCCAUACAAUAAAUGUCAAAACCCAA